AUGCCUCCCCUCUACGACAUCCUCGAGAAAAAGGCCGUCGAGGCGGCAAGCCACCAUCUGGCAAGCCACCAUCUGGCAAGCCACCACCUGGCCAGACGCGAUCUGACCGUCAACCAUACCCAAGCAGUAACCCUCGGAGUCAUGGCCGCCUAUGUUGUCGUGAUCGCGUUGCUGUGGAACCUGCCCUAUGUUCGGUGGUCGCUCUGGCCAUUCAAGAUGUUGGUCAUCGCCUUCCAUGAGUUCGGCCAUGCAAUCACCGCAUGCUGCACGGGAGGCCGGGUCAAGUCCAUCUCACUGGAUCCCCACGAGGGCGGAGUGACCCAUAUGCAGGGCGGAAUCAGCGCCGUCACUCUUCCGGCGGGCUAUCUAGGAUCGUCGAUCAUCGGCGCGCUCCUCAUCUUCGCCGGGUUCGACAUUGUAGCCAGCAAAGUCGCCAGUAUCGUCCUAGGCGUGUGCUUCCUGCUGACGCUGUGGUGGGCGCGCCGGGAUUGGCUGACUAUUGUGACUAUUCUUCUGGCGGUGGGGUUGCUGGUGGCCUGCUGGUUUAUUGCCCAUGGCGAGGCGCUGCGGUGGGUUGUGCUGUUUAUUGGUGUGAUGUCCGCGCUGUAUAGUGUCUGGGAUAUUUGCGACGAUUUGAUCAUCCGCAAGGUCAACACCUCGGAUGCCAGCGUCUUUGCGCAGAGAUACGGGGGAUCCUCUCGCUGCUGGGGCGUCAUUUGGUCCCUCAUCUCGCUUGGGUUCAUGGCGGUCGGAAUCAUCGCAGGGAUUGCGGCGUUUAGGGAGUCGUUCAGCGAGCAACAAGAUGCUUCGGAGAAGUUUCUUCCGACGCGAUGA